AUGUAUGAAAGUCCACAAUUUGCAUUUGUUGACGUGCCAACUGACACUACAAACUUGCCUACUUCGGGUGUCUCAAGGGCUCCUGCAGUACAAGAUGGCAUGCAAGAACUACUUCAAGCUGCCUUUUUCAGGAAUGAAAUGUUUGAGUCACUACCAAGUAUGUCUGAAGGUGUAGUAGAUGUUGAAUCAGGAUUUGCAGAUAUGGAACAAACUGUAGCUGAGGAUGUGCAUCCUGCAGAUGACAAUGCUAAGGAGAGUGAACAGAAUCUAUAUGAAAGAUACUUGAAGGAUGCACACACAAGCUUAUAUCCUGGGUGUAAAUUUUCUAAGUUGUCAUUUUUGGUAAACUUAUAUCACUUAAAAUGCUUAAAUGGCUGGACACAAGAAUCAUUUACAAGACUUCUAGAAGGUAGAGUUUUUGUUUUAGGGAAAAAGGACCUCACAACAAAGAAUACAAAGGGAAAUAACAAAGGAAAAAAGAAAGGAAAGCAAGGUGAUGAAAGCCAUCAGAAAUCCAAGCGUAAAAGAGGACAAAAGAAACAGAAAGAUGGGAACAAUGGCAAGAAGGAGAAGAAGCCAGAAGAUUGGUUGAAAAAGCGGUGUGUUAACAUGAAAGAUUGUACAUUGACUGGACUAAAAAGUCACGACAAUCAUGUUUUACUACAUGACAUCCUUCCAGUGGCACUCCGAUCCUGUUACCCCAGCAAAGAUGUCAUGGAAAUAGUUAUUGGAAUAUCUAAUUUCUUUAAGAAGUUAUGCUCGAAGGUGAUAGAUACUGAUGAGCUACAAACCCUUCAAGAGAGUAUUGUGGUAACACUCUGUAAUAUGGAGAAAAUUUUUCUACCAUCAUUUUUUACUGUGACAGUGCACUUGAUGGUGCAUUUGGUAGAAGAAGUUAGACUUGGUGGCCCCGUUCACUACCGGUGGAUGUACCCCAUGGAGAGAUUUUUUGUUCGGCUUAAAGCGCUUGUGAAGAACAGAGCUCAGCCAGAAGGUUCGAUUGCUGAAGGGUAUUGCAUGGAGGAGUGCAUGACAUUUUGUUCCAGAUUUCUUGAUGGAGAUACUCGUUUUAACAGACCGGCUAGAAAUCCCGAACCUUCAGGCAAUAUGAAAGAUAUGUACAUGUUUGAGAGUGCUGGAGAACCAAUUGGAAAAGCUACUGUAAGCCAUUUUGAUAGCCAGCUUCUUAUUCAGGCACAUCGAUACGUGUUGCGACACUGCGAUGAACUUGAAGAAUUCCGCAAGUUCCACACACUGAGUCGUGAGGCUGCAAGGUCGACACAAAAUAGUGUAGUGAACAUUGCAGAAGAUGGGGUUAAUUAUUAUGGCAGAUUAACAGAUAUAAUAGAACUGACAUACACUGACUACAAGGUUGUUCUUUUCAAAUGUGAUUGGUAUGAUGUCCAUCAUCGUGCUGGUUUACGAAAUGAUGAGUUUGGAUUACCACUUGUGAAUUUUUCAAAGAAAAUACACACCGGGGAAAAACUGGAGCAUGAUCCCUGUGUCUUUUCUUCACAAGUGGAGCAAGUCUUUUAUGUUGAACACCCAAAAGCUGAAGGAUGGAAUUCUGUGGUAAGAUUUAAGCCACGAGAUACUUUUGACAUGGGUGAUGAUGAACUGCCACCGGAUGAAGCAAAUUAG